UGAGUCAAUCCUUCUAGUAUUGUCCGACAAGCUCAUGUACGUAUACUCGUUAUCUGAUCCCAUCUUGGUUUUCGCGCCUCAUACAGAUUUGAGAUGACAUCCUACCCAAGCACCUCGGUGGAUGCGAGAGAAGAAGUGGGCAAGAGCGUAUGCGUGCUCUCAUACAAGUCAUUGGAGAUUGAUGAGAUUAUAAAAUCAGUCAGCGAUGAUGGUGCAGGGGCAACAGCACUCUUCAUCGGCACGACUCGAAAUUCAUAUCAAGGUCGUGACACGUCUAGAAUACCAGGCGUACAGCAAGUUGGCUAUCAAAACCAUGACAGACAUCAUCCGAACAACACAUCAAUCAGUCACACGUUCCACCCAUCAUCCAGCGCCUGCAGCAGUGCCUUCCAUCAUUUCCUGCGCUGUGCACCAUCGGUUGGGGACGGUGCCGGUGGGAGAACCCUCGAUUGUGAUAGCGGUAUCUUCACCGCAUCGGAAGGAGGCAUUCGUUGCAUGUGAGCAGAUUCUCGAGGAAGUGAAGCAGAAAGUACAGAUAUGGAAGAGGGAGUACUACGAGGGCGAAAAGGAGGAGGAGGCGGAAUGGAAGGCGAAUAGCGGCUAGAAUGGUGUGAUGCCGGUCCAAGUACAUCAUAGGGUUCGGUUCUCCGGAUAUCGGACAACAGAACUAAUCGAUCUUCCACUUUGCCGAAUCAUCGUCCCCAUCAGGGCUGACCACCAGUUCCACAGCCCACAGGAACAGAGUAAACAUGAUAUUCGCCCAUCGCCACCAGACUUGUGAAGAGGGAUCUAGAACUGAACAAAAUAUCAGUCGGUCCCCGAAAAGUCAUACAAACAAAAAACACAUACGAAGAAGGUGCGAGUAUACCAUGACAAAGAUUAGUUGUCUAUAUGUUAGAAGGAUGCGUGUCAUAAUCGAGGUCUAGAAUAACCAUCAGCAGGAGGAAACCACAAGGCA